GUACUUUUAUUUUUUAACUACUUGUUAUUGACAUUUCAAAAACCCAACGUGGUUCUUGACUUUCUAUGAAAUCGCUUACGUUUUUUGUUAUUGUAUAUAAUAAAUAUAUGGUAUAUUAAACACACUUACUUAUAUUAUUAUACUGAAUAGAAUUUACAAUAAAACGCCAUGGGUGAAGAGAAGAAGGUUAUGUUUCACGAAAUGGAAUUGGAUGAUCGAAUAUUGAAGCUUAUUUUAGGCAAUAUCUCAACUUGGCUGGCCACAUCCCACACUGAUACAAGAGACCGCAAUACCUCUUCUAUUGGAAGGCAAAGAUGUGCUCAUGCGCGCGAGGACAGGAUCAGGGAAGACGGCAGCGUUCACAAUACCAGUCAUACAAAAAAUAUUGAACCUUAAAAACACAAGUACACAUCAAAGUAUCAAAGCCCUCAUAUUAUCUCCGAGUAAAGAGUUAUGUGGUCAGAUAACAUCAGUAAUAAAUGACUUGACACUAAAAUGUUCGAGAGAAGUUCGUUGUAUAGAUAUAUCACAAAAUGGCGAUAUGCAAAUACAAAAAUCUUUGCUGGCAGAUAAGCCGGAUAUAGUUAUAGCAACACCAUCUAGGGCAUUAGCACAUUUGAAAGCUAAUAGUAUGAGAUUAAAGGAAGAUUUGUCUGUUCUUGUUGUUGAUGAGGCUGACUUGGUAUUUUCAUUUGGCUAUGAAGGUGAAAUCAAAGAACUUCUGGGACAUUUGCCAAAAAUCUAUCAAGCAGUGCUUGCUUCAGCAACUCUAUCUGAUGAUGUACUGAGCUUAAAAAAAAUAGUCCUUAGAAAUCCAGUGACAUUGAAACUCGAGGAGCCAGAGUUAGCUCCAUCAACACAACUGCAGCAUUACCAUCUGUUUGCCGAGGAGGAUGACAAAGCAGCAAUCCUCUAUGCACUUCUGAAACUCAACUUAAUCAGGGGGAAAAGUAUAAUCUUUGUAAGGACAGUGGAUAGAUGCUAUAAAUUGAAACUCUACUUGGAGCAGUUCAAAAUCAGCUCAUGUGUUUUAAAUUCAGAGUUACCGGCUGCAAUAAGAUGUCUCUCGGUAGAACAAUUCAAUAGAGGACGCUAUCAAAUAAUUGUAGCGUCAGAUGAAAAAGCUUUAGAACAACCAGAUGGCGGUUUACUAGGUGAUGAAGAAUUGGGAAAAAAGAGAAGGCAAAAAUCAAAACGUAAAAAAGACAAGGAAUCAGGCGUAUCACGUGGCAUUGACUUCCAGCAUGUGUCCAAUGUUAUCAAUUUCGAUUUUCCUCUGGAUGUCACUUCAUAUGUACACAGAGCAGGGCGUACAGCUAGGGGAAACAACCAGGGAUCGGUGUUGUCCUUUGUAGCAAUAAGAGAGAAGCCACUGAUGGAUGCAGUUGAAGAACAUUUAUCAAAAGGGUUCAAUGGACAACAAGUAUUACAGAAAUAUGAGUUUGCUCUGGAGUCCGUGGAAGGGUUCCGUUACCGCUCACGCGACGCGUGGCGCGCCGUCACACGCGUAGCUGUACGGGAGGCCAGACUCGCUGAGCUUCGCCGAGAACUGCUGGCCUGCCGACAAUUGCAGGGUUACUUUGAGGAGAACCCGACGGAUCUGGCGGCUCUGAAGCGCGACAAGGCGCUCCACACGGUGCGCCUGCAGCCGCAGCUGGCUCACGUGCCGGAGUACCUGUUGCCGGCCGCGUUGAGGAACGAGGACACGGAGGCCGACGUGGACGCCGUCGCGCCACCUAAAAAGAAAAAACAAGCCGGUCACUUUGGGAGUGCAAAGAGGCAUAAAUAUCAGGCACGUCAGAGUGAUCCCCUCAAAAGUUUUCAGUUGAAGAACCUGAAGAAGACGCCAACAGCAGAAGACACAUAGCACUGUUAGUAUUGAGAAGAUAAUUUUCUAAUACAAAGACUAUACUAACAAAUAUUAAUUUUUCACAAUUGUAAAUGUAAAUAAAAUUUGCCUGAUGUUGUGUUUUUGUUCUUUACAUAGUGCGAGCAACACAUGGUUGCAUUAUUAGUUGAAGAGUUUGGUUAGUACGAUAUUAAUAAUGUAUUGGUGUAAUUGUCUUAUAUGAUAAUAUAUAUAUACUGUUCUGUUUAAUUUUUUAA